CCCCUUCCUCCCAGAUAAAACUGUCAGCCUUAGCCUGUGAUACAGCACAUCUUGGAGGCAGAAGACGAUCUGAUUCUCUCCCCACCUGGUAAUACAGAGUUUCCAGAGGCAGGAAGCCUGCUGAACAGGGGGAGGAACCACUCUUUCUUGACCCAAAGAACACCAUCUCUGAGAGGAACAGGAAGGUGGAAGGGAAGCUGCCUCAGGGGAAACCCACAUUUUGGGCCAUAUUGUUCCUGAAUGAGCAAGGAGAUACUUUAAGAAGAUCAUAAGCUCAAGAUUCUGGAUCCAUUUUGGGGACACAUUGGUCUUCAAGGGAUGGGCCUUUCUGCGGCCUGGUUCUGCACAGGCCUGGCAUUACUCAAAGUGCAGGCGGGUGGAUAAGGUCACGUCACCAGGACGGUGCUUCACCUUGGACGCCUUCUAUGGAAUAUUCCUAUCUACCUCAGAAUGUGUUAAUUUGCCUGGUUGGAGCUGACUUGGAAGCUGACUUUGAGAAUGAACGGUGAUGUUCUCUAGCCACCCCUAACACUAUUCAGUGGCUCCUUCAUUUCCAGUUCUUCUUCAAUGUGCCAUAGCUGGCCGAGCCCUUGGAUCUUCUACAAAUAGACUGACAGUAACUGACAGUCAGAUAUGACUGUCCAGAAACUGGUGGCCACAGCUGUAUUAGUGGCCCUAGUCUCACUAAUUCUCAAUAAUGCAGCAGCCUUUACUCCCAACUGGGUGUACCAGACCCUGGAGGAUGGGCGCAAACGAAGCGUGGGACUGUGGAAGAUGUGCUGGCUGGCAGAUAAGGGAAAAGGAGGGGCAGGCAGUGGAACCCGUAAUGGACAAGGAGAAGAUCGAGAGUGUGAAGCUUUGAGCUGGGGGUCAGAUUCAGCAGGAUUCCAGGAAUCACGAAGUACUGUCAAAUUGCAGUUUGACAUGAUGCGGGCCUGUAACCUGAUUGCCACUGUUGCCCUCACUGCAGGACAGCUCAUCUUUGUCAUGGGGCUCAUGGACUUGCCUAUCAUUUCACAGGACACGCAGUGGUGGGAGGAAGCCAUUGCUGCUGUAUUCCAACUUGCAAGCUUUGUUUUGGUCAUUGGCCUAGUGACUUUUUACCGAAUUGGUCCCUAUACCAACUUGUCCUGGUCCUGCUAUCUGAACAUUGGAGCUUGUCUUUUGGCUACCUUAGCAGCUGCCAUCCUCAUCUGGAAUAUUCUUCACAGGAGAGAUGACUGUAUGGCACCUCGUGUUAUUGUCAUCAGUCGUACUUUAACUGCUCGAUUUCGUCGUGGGCUAGAAAAUGAUUAUGUGGAAUCACCAUGCUAAAAGUCAGCAGAGGGAGUGAAUUUGAUUUAUAGAAAGAUACUGUCUAUGUACACAUGUGAUAAUUUAAUAUGGUAGGAAUUGAUGGACAUUAUAAAGUCAUUUUCAUUACUUGUGAAGUGGCUUUUGAUUAUUAAUUUUAUGGGUAACAGUUAUAUACAUAUGUAUGAUACACAUAAGUAAUAUGUAUAUUAUAUAUAAAUAGAUUAUAUGACCCUACCCCUACUUUUGUACAGUGAUAAAAUUUUACUGUCACAUAAUAUAAUUUCAUAAGCAUGCAUUUUUUCAAGUGUAACAGCAAGCCAAAAUUUGUGAUAUAAGUAAAGAAAUAUGCAAAAUGAAACCACUUUAUUCUUCAUCUUUUAGAUUAAUUUAUUCUGACAAAGACCAUACCUGAGUCCUGGUAAGGCCUCAGUGUUGAGAAUGCUGAACACCUUGAAAGACUUAGAAAGUGUCAGAGAAAUAUGUAAAGUACAGAUACAUUUACAAUCAGAUUAAGAUUUUCUUAUUGAAUCUUGUUAUUAGCUUAUUUUGUGCCCCAAUUAUUUUUCUAAGUGAAAAUAAAAGAUGAUCAUGCUGAAAUGUCUUUUUUAAAGUUUAAUUUUCUCCAUAAAAAUAUAUGGAUAAAAAGAA